UAUGUAGUAUAGUUUAUAUUCACGAUGCCUAGAUAUGGUCUUGUAAUCAAACACGACUUCGAUUUGUUUGGAAACAUGAUACGAGUGUCAAUUCCUUCGUAUCACAAAGUUGUUGAAGAGAACAGCGAUUCCUACACGGUUUUCACUAUUGAAGUAUGCAUUAUUGCAACUGGGAAGACCACCAGUAUUCAGAAGAGAUAUUCAGAAUUUGAAAUGCUGCAUAAACAGCUAAAGAAACAGAUGAAAACACCAGAAUUUCCACCCAAGAAAGUUCUGAAAUUCAGUAAUAAAGUUUUGGAGCACAGAAGACUUGCAUUACAAACAUAUAUACAGGGUGUGGUGCUACUGGACAAAAUUCCCAAAGCCCUUUUUCAUUUCUUAGACGUGGAACAGUACAUUUAUGGGAGUCAGGAGUCCCUUGAUCAGAUAGACUCGAGUAACAAGACAACACAUCAACCGGUGAUUGCUUUUGCUCCUGAGGCCUACUUACAAGACAGCAACAGAAAUGGAUCCUGGGACAUAGUGAAUGCUGGGGUUUUAGCAGCAUUGUACAACCAUGGGGAGGACCUGGUAGUACGGUGAUAGAGUCUGUGAUAAAAACUCACUAGUCAGCUUCAACACACUGCCAACACAGCAGUCUAAAGUCAUCAUAUCAACCAUGUUUUUUUUAUGGAUGAAGAAAUUUCUUAUGCAUUCCCCCCCCCACACACACAAAGAAUAACUGGCAUACCAAGCUGAGUUUGUACCUUUAUAUUUGUCACUUCGGUAUAGAACUACCACUAGUCUUGAAUUUAUACCAUAUGCUAUUAACUUUUACUCAAUGAUUUUAUGUCGCACUUCAUUGUAGUCAGUGAGGAUUUGUCUCAUUUUAAUUCUUUUCUUGUGUUUUAAUCCAGCAUCAUUAUUGUUUUGAUUUUAAAUUAUACGUGAUAUGUGUAAUUUUGUGCUUGGUAUACAUUAAUUUAUUUUUAUAGGGUAUUCUGGGAGAGAGUAUUUUUUAUUUCUAUAUUAGAUUAAUCAGAACGGCUUGGCCUGGAUAAAUUUUAUAUAAUGCAUUGUGGUAUGUUGUUAGAGUGUCUUGAUUUGAAAACCAGAAUGAGUGAGCUGAAUGUAUUCAGAAUUGGAAUUUUUCAUUUCCAAAAAUUAACAUCUAAAUUUUAAAAACAAAUUUUAUUUUUUUAUUUCUGAAGGAAAAACGUUUUCAUAUCUAAAUUCUGUGUAUAGCUUCCGUAAAUAGAAUCUGAUUCAUUCUCUGGGUAUCUUUUAUUUAAUUCCAAUCAUAGAAAAACCCUGAAAUUAAAGUACAAAUAAUUGAUUUCACACAUGGACAACACAAUUAAGAAAUGAACAUCACUUUUGAGCUGUUCAUGGUCAGUAUGAACGGAUUUGGAUUUGAGGCAAAUUCUGUGAAUCGCGCUAGCGAUUCACAGAGAAUUUGCCUCAAAUCCAAAUCCGUUCAUAUUGACCAUGAACAGCUCAAAAGUGAUGUUCAUUUCUUAUAUUUAUGUUCAUUUACUAAAACACCGUUUGUUUACAUUGCUUAAUCUAUUUUGUUGCAUAAAACGAACUCCUAGCCUCUGUCACAGUAGUUAUUGUGACGUACGUCAACACAUAGACAUGACGUCACAUUUCGUCUCACGCAGCCUUUUAUCAACAUUGCAAAGUGCACUGUAUUUUGGAGGUAGGAGACCGCAAAAUUGGGAUGAUAAUCCACGCAAGUUUACAAUCUUAAUCCAAAGGUGUGACUUACGAGAUCUUUGUAACAGAUGUUCUAUUUUUUUCAAACCAUUACGCUCUCUCAGUCGCGUGCUUUAAGCUAGUUCAUAAUCUGUUCAUAGUCAAUGUGAACGGAUUGUGUCGCGCGCUGAAAUUGGUUGGUUCAUAGAGGAAAAUGUGGUUUACAAUAUAAAUAUUGAGAUGUAGACAGACAUUUUAAGUGCAUGGAAUCGAUGCUUACAAGGACAUAGCGUCUGAAUAUAAUUACAUAUUUUGCUGCAUGUAAAGAAACAAUCUAUCCCAUCCAAGGGCCUAGCAGUGAGUGUCCGAGUGGUAAGGUAGUGGCGGAAAUAUUACUUGGGUUAGAACCAGUCGUGCAUAAGAUUAUUAGUCAGUCUGCCAUGGAUACAUAAUGCUCACAUACAUCACACAGUCACACAGCGCAAGGAAGUUAAUUGAUAAUGAUACAUGUAAUCAAAUAUUUGAUACUAAAAAGAAUAUUCCACCCCUAUUUUUCAUUUCUGAAACUCUACCUCUCCUGUUAGUCAGGUAGUACAUUUCAUUACCUGUUGCCCCCUGUUCACCACAGGGAGGUGGAAUUUGGAUGUUUGAGAAGGAUAACUGUUUUAAAAACAGUAAAAUUAUAUCAUUUAUCAAAAUACUAUAAGCCUAUUGUUUUCAGUAACACUAUUCACAUUGUUUCAUCACAGCCGCGGGUUAGUCUGAUCACCUGCAAUUAAUUGCUGGUACAGUCAAUCACAGCUUGAUAUAAGCGGUUGCUUGAAUUUUGCAAAGGAAAAGGAUAAAAAUAGUUUGUAUACUGACAACAUUUCAAUAUGAUAUUUAAAAGCAGAAUUCUACAGUUAAACACAGUUCACUACAAACCUUUAAAUCUAAGGCGUACCUGUGUACAGGUAAACAUUAGGUAGAUUACUUAAGGUAUUUUGGGGGAUUUUCUUUUUGGAAAUGGCACACAGCAACAAUUUCAGAAUUGAAAAAAUAAAUAUUUUUCAGAAAUUGAAAUUGAAGAACUUUUAUAAAUUUUUGGAAAUGAGAUGCAUUUUUAAAAAUAUUCAAGUACUUCAUUGUGUAAUAGGAUAUUUAUCUUCUUUUUUUUAUAGAUGGUAAUAUACACAUUACAACUGCCUCAGUGUUCAAAAAGUUUUAUCAUUACAAAUCAUGAUGCAAUCCUUUACAGUCAAGAACACGAAUAACAAAAUCAGGCUCUAAACAACUUGUACAUUUAUGUAAUCCAGAUAUGAAUACAAUGAUCAUUGUGCAAGAUGCUCUAAAUCUGUCCUUGCUUUUAAAAUCUAAAUUAAAUUUUUAUAACUGAAUGAAAUGAAUAUGUGCAAUCUGUCUUAAACCAGCUUUUUAUUAGUGUGCAUUAAUUGAAAUAAAAUUUAUGAAAUACAA